AGAUUUGUCCGAGAUUGCAGUUUCAUGCUGAUUCGCCAAUGGCGCUUGAAGACAAAAGGGGGCAUUCGCUUGGCAAGUUGCUGGUGGUAGGCGCUGAUGCUUUCCGGGAGGACUUCGCUGCACUUCGGCACCCUACAGAGAUGAAGUUUGAUCUUGGAGGCCAGCGGUUCACUGUCUAUGCCAUGGUGUGGAGCGAUUGGCUUUACUCUUUCAGCCCGCCGGAAACCCUCCUCUCUCGCUGGGAGACAGCCAAAGCCGCACUAUGCCAAUCGGUGAAGCAGGAGGUGUUUGGCGAGGCCAAGAAUGGAGAGCGUGACGCGGCGGAUCUCAAGUUACAGCUUGAAACGCUUCUGAGUAGACGAGGGUUGCAGCCAGAUUCGGACCACUUGCUUGAAUUCAUACAUGCCGCGGUGAAGGAGCUCCAAGGGGAAUUGCAGUGGAAGCGGUUGGAUGAGGAGUGCUUGCGCAUAUGCAAGCAGUUGGCGGAUGAUUGUCAAGUUCCCUGGAAUGGUUGCGAGCUGCCAAGUCAGGCCCGACAACAAUUUGACAGAGGGUGCUCGGACGACUACGCAUUGAAGCUUUGCAUUCGCCGAGUGGCUGAUGACAUCAUGGCUGCUGUGGUCAAGGCGGAUGAGGGCCAGUUAAAGAGCAUUUUGGCUCUGGAAGUCAGCUUCAAUGAGACGUUACGCUACUUUCAAGAACAGGUGAAGGCUACAGCGGAGAAGCGGCUCAAUCAGCUUCAUGUCAAGUCCAAGUUCAAGUUGCUCGCAGAACUCUUUGACUUGGCCGAAGAGGACAAGCAAAAGUUCGUCGAUCAGGCCGUCCAAAAUGGCUUGGAUGAGCGUGCAUUGGUUGAUCUCCUGUACCAAUACCGCAGUCGGCGCUUUGUGCCACAAAUCUUUUUGGACGAGCUUCCAGACACGGAUGAAGCAAAAUUCGCACGCGGAACAGUGCCACGAAUCUGUGAGCUCUUUGGACAGUUGCGGGAAUGCAAGAUUCCCAUGCACUUGAGCAAUAACUUCACUCAAAACGCCCAGAAUGCUGUUGUUAUAUCAUGCCGUGAAGAGAACGGACACUACCUGUUUUUGCUUCACCAAGCAGAGCAUGUGGUACUUCAGCUUCUUCGCACAAUGCCCGUUGGCUGUGAGAUUGUGCAGCAGCUCCCAGUCUUCUUGAGAACGCUCUCCCUACCAACCAGCGAGGCAUACAGGAAGCUUGAUCAGUUUCGGGUUCUGGGGCUUCAUGUGAGAGACAUCCGACAAGUCAAGGAAUACGUCGAGAUAGAGAUCACCUUGUGGCAUGAACUCCUACACAAGCUGCACCUUCCGGAGUUUCAAAUUCGCCACAUGAAGCUUGUGUCGAAGUGCUGCAGCGGCCUGGAGGAGGGUGCCUUUCCAGUCUCUUUGCGUGAGACUGUCUUCUACGCGGAGUCCUUCGAGCACGAUCUGGUGAAGCUGCCUGGAGGAUUUGCUGAACACGCCGUCCCCUUGCUUCCAAAUUUGUAUGCUCCUCCACCAACGAUCCCCAGCGGGAGCGACGUCACAUUCCUGAGCGCUUGCUUCAGUCAUUUGAACAACGUUGACUUGGAGACUCUCAGGGGCAAGACAUGGAGCCCAGAAGGUUGCAAGGAGCUCUUUGCUUUGUGCCAAGGGAUUCGCAACGAUGAGCAUUCGAUUCGAGUGAUGGUAAUGGCGCACACGCGCAUCAUUUGUGAGAGCAAUCGCUACACGUUCAAUGGCAACACUGUUGAACUUCCUCCUCCCACUUCCUAUGUGUCGACGGGGCGAAGUGACUCUGGCCCUCGAUUGAAGAGCACCGAACUCACUGUGACCAACUUGGAUACCUUGACAGCAGCUGAGAAGACUCGUCAGGCCUUCAAACAUGGGCGGAUCCUAGUCUUGAAUAUGGCCAACCGACACAGUCCGGGAGGAGGCUAUCGAAAGGGCAGUCGUGCUCAGGAGGAGGACUUAUUUCGACGCACCACGCUCAGCAAUGGUCUUGUCCAAGAGUAUGGUGCUUCAGUGUCCUAUCCCAUGGAAGAGUUUGCCCCGAUCAUCUCUUGCGAUGUUUUGGCUUUCCGCGGCUCUGAGCAAGAAGGCUACCCACUUCGACCUGACCCUGUCCGAAUUGACGUGUUGUCCGUUGCUGCAUACAAUGGCAGCAGACGCGGCGGUCAAGAGGAGUCUUUCCAUGUCCUUGAGAAAGGAGGAGAUGUCUUCAGCGAAGAAGGCUUCGUUCGAACGCUGCGGAACAUUGCCGGCUUACUCGAAGCAGCUGCCGUACACGGGGCAGAUCACCUGAUUCUUGGUGCUUUGGGAUGUGGAGCCUUCGGCAACAACCCCAAGCAGGUUGCAGGCAUUUUCAAGACGUUGCUGCCUGCUUUCGCUGGACACUUCAAAACAGUGGACUUUGCAAUUUUGGAAGGCGGUGAUGGAGAUAGCAAUUACAGCGUUUUCCGCAGUGUCCUUCUGGACGGUGCUCAGAAAGUACACUUGCAGAGCGUGUCCAAGUCAGGCUUCCGGAAGAUGCUGACUUGUCAGAAGCUGUGUCCCAAACUGGGACGGUGCGAAGAUGUGAGUUCAGAGAGCCACCUGCAAGAGUUUUGGCACCCCGACAUGUGCCCCAAAGCAGAUUGCGCUGAAGCUGGAGAUCAUUGUGCUCUCUGGCGCCAUCAACAAUUCUGUCCAGAGCAGAAUUGCAAGGUGGUCUUCGGCCCAAAAAGAACGAGGACGUACAACCGUCAUUGUGAGCUCUAUAAGCACAGGAAGCUUUGCAGCUUGGAGAACUGCCAGGAUUCCAGUCACACACACCCUCCCUCGUGCCCCCAUGGCGUUCGGUGCAGGUACAAGGGCCAGAAUCAUCCGGAUGGCAUUUUCUAUUCUCACAGGAUGCGUCCUUGUCCAGAUGGGACUGUUUGCAGCAAGUGGAAUGAUGCAGAUCAUCGCAUGUCUUUUUCUCACGUUUUCAACCCGCCCUGCCGCGACCCAAUGCAUUGUGAGUUGUUGAGCCAGGGGCGCACUGAAGACCCACAUUUUCACGCCUCUUCGCAUUUGUGCCCUUUCGGAAGCAGCUGUCGCAAGAUUGGAGACUCGGAGCACCAGAAAGGAUGGAUCCAUCUUGAUCGACCAAGCUGCCCAGAGGGAGCUGCUUGCGCUAGAGACAAGCAGAUUCACUUCGAGGAUCUGGACCACUUGCAGCUAUUUCAACACCCUAAUGUGAAGCUCAUCCGCGAUCCUUGCCGAAGGGGCCGCGCCUGUCGUCAGUUAGGAUGCCGAGAUCACAGGAGCAGCUACAAACACGAUGAUGCUGAUGGCGUUCUUUGCGCAGCCGGUGUUUGGGGACACAACACCUCAAGAAAUCUCAUGGAGGAGAAUCAGGCGAGCUAUGAGGUGCACUUCCAUCAAAAUGCAAAGAAUUUGAUCAAGAAGAUCAAUGGCUAUUUCAAGUCUGAGGCAAACAAAGAGGAACUGAGUGCAACCGCCGAGUUCUGGCGGCGCUGUCGAGUCGUACAUCGCUUGCCCUACACUUCCUUCUCAAGAGUUUUGAAGACAGGUUUCGUAGCAUCGCAGCAUUGCCUCCAAACGCAUGCCUUGGACCCUGAAAUUGCUUGCCAUUUGCCAUCAGUGCAGGAUCUGGUUCAGGAUCCAGCCAAGGGACGGAGUGACGCGGGCGUUCCAAACUUGCAAGAGUUUGUAGAUGCCUUUUUGCGCCGUGAUCAGGUGCAGCGAGAAUCACAACUCUUCCAAGCCCCGCGAGUUCAGGUGCAGGUCGCCCAGAAUGCACUGGGUGGCUUCCAUGCUCGUCAGCAGCAAGCGGAACUACAUCUCCAGCACAGCCGAGCUCGAGCUGCGAGGGUUCUGGGCAAGCGCGCAAUUGACAGGGUGGAGGCCGACCUGGUAAACUAUUCAAGUGCCAUGAAGGAGUUGAAGCUUGCCAGCGAACAAGCAGCUCAAAAGGGGCAAAAUGUCCUCAGCGGGAUUGGUCAUGAGUACGAUCGGGUGGUUGAGACCAACAAAAUGGUCUUUGGGAUUUUGGGAAUCCAUACUUUGAACUAUGGAGAGGACAAGGAUGGGGAUGAACAUGAUCAAGGAGUUCAUUUGAUCUUCAAGCCGGAGUCCCUGCACCAUCCGGACGUCUUUGUCACACCAAUGGCAGCCACCUUCUACAACUCGGGGCGAGGGGAUGAUGAACGCCCUUGGUGGAAGAAAGGCAAGCCUUCAGCACCGUUUGAAGCCAUGGCAUGGGAGAAGCUCCACCCAAGCUCUCCUGUCUUCCAUGAAGCCUUAGCCACUGAGUUCUUGGCCCGGGCGGCGCACAAGGGAGGUGGAGACUUAGCUAGGGUCAAGUUCACGGAUGUGAAGGACUACAUCAAAGGGACCAAUGCUCAUUUCAGUGCCGAGUGUCACCUUCCCUAUGUCACCCCCCUUGGCUUGGGUUGAGAAAGUGGUUGUCUCAGAGCAUACCUUCAAGAAACUCUCUGA